AUGACAAUGCUCCCACCACGGACGAACGGAGAGCCUACCUCGGGUGUUUUUAUACCGCUUGUGUGUAUAGCUGCAACAUGUGUCAAAGAUAUGGAUUCUCUGAGAUACACGAGCUACACUGAAGAAUGCUGUCGCGUACUUGAGGAGCUGCAGGAAUAUCCUACAGACAUGUAUCUUGUCCAGCUGGCACGACUAAAUCGUAUGGCCUACCGGAUCAUUCAAACACUUCCCUUCGAUGCGUACAGUUCACCGCACAUGGCUUCGUCGGGUUCAGUCCAAACGUGUGUCGAGGCUCUUGGAACGGAAUUGAAGCGUAUGAAACCCUCUAGCGCGCAGGACCGCAUACAGGACUCCAUCCUGGCAUUACAGUAUUACAGCCUGGAGCUCCACUUAUACGAGUCCGCUCUGGAAGACGACUUCUCAAAGAGCGACCGGAAUAGCACCGGGGUACAUUAUGAUAUCCUUGACUCAUCCUUGACCUCAGCCAAGGCCUUCUUCUCAACAUUCUUUUCCCUUGCGCCUCAAUAUUUCCUCUAUCUCCCAUACUUGGUCUACCAGCAAUACUACCAUGCCGUCGAAUCAUUAUCGAAACUUCUGCUAUUGGCGUGGAAGGAACGCGAUCAGAUCAACAUACGUAUUACCAUGGACGUUCCGACGACCGUUAACAUGUUUAUCGCAAAGGUGAAAGAGGCGGUGCAGCUUCUUAAGCACGAAGGAUCAUCCCUCUGCGCGGAGGAAAUACUGUAUCAACUCAUAGCACGAGUGCGCGCAUUCGAGGAGCUGCAUGAAGCAAGACUCGCCGACCUCCAAACUUAUGACAUCGAUAGAAAUGCUGCGAGCAGGAAUUCAAUACGAGAUGUGACAUUUUCGCUACCACAUGGCAUGUCGUGGCAGUUUCUGGAUUCAGAGUAA